AUGUCUCAGAAGCAGCCGGCUGGCUGCAUCCUUCUCACGUUCCUGAGUCUGUUUGGACUGGCUGGUGCAGUCACCAGAACAUAUUACAUUGGGAUUUUGGAAGAAUACUGGAACUAUGUGCCUCAAGGGAAGGAUGUUAUUACUGGGAAGAGUUUCUCCGAAGACAAACUUGCGACCCUAUUUCUCGAACGAGGGCCCAACAGGAUAGGCGGCAUCUACAAGAAGGCCGUUUACAGACACUUCACAGAUGGGAGCUAUUCCACGGAGAUCCCCAAGCCCCCGUGGCUGGGGUUCCUGGGUCCCAUCCUGAGAGCGGAAGUGGGCGACGUGAUUGUUAUCCACCUGAAGAACUUCGCUUCCAGACCUUUCUCUUUGCAUCCUCACGGCGUCUUCUACGACAAGGAUUCAGAAGGAGCCUUAUACCCAGAUGGGACAUCUGGAAGGAACAAGGAUGACGACAUGGUCCCUCCUGGCAAAAACUACACCUAUGUCUGGCCGGUGAGGGAGGAAUAUGCACCCGCUCCAGCUGAUGCCAACUGCCUGACCUGGGUGUACCACUCCCACAUUGAUGCUCCUAAGGAUAUCUGCUCAGGGCUAAUUGGACCCCUGCUGGUGUGUAAGGAAGGUGUACUGAACAGGUACUCAGGGACAAGGACUGAUGUGGACCGAGAGUUUGUUAUCAUGUUCACUCUUGUGGAUGAGAACCAGAGCUGGUACCUGGAUGAAAACAUCAGGCAUUUCUGCACUGACCCGACUUCCGUUGACAAAACCGAUGCUGUUUUCCAGAGGAGCAACAAGAUGCAUGCCCUCAAUGGAUUUCUUUUCGGAAACUUCCCCGAGCCUGAGAUGUGUGUUGGCGAAUCUGUGUCCUGGCACCUGUUUGGGAUGGGAAAUGAGAUAGACAUCCAUUCCAUCUAUUUUUAUGGUAACACCUUCAUCACCAGAGGGCACAGGGCAGAUGUUGUCAACCUGUUUCCAGCCACCUUCCUAACAACAGAAAUGAUAGUGGAGAAUCCUGGGAAAUGGAUGAUAACCUGCCAAGUCAGUGACCACCUGCAAGCUGGCAUGCUGGGACAGUACAACGUGGGCAGCUGCAGGACCAGUGUUCCUCACCCAAAGAUGCGGGGUCAGCAGAGGCACUACUUCAUAGCAGCGGAGAAGGUCCUGUGGGAUUACGGGCCCCAAGGCUAUGAUAAGUUCACCGGAUUUCCCCUGAACGCGUCUGGCAGUGACUCCUCGGUGUACUUCACACAAGCCGGAAACAGAAUAGGAGGGAAAUACUGGAAGGCUCGGUACACGGAGUAUGUUGAUGCUACUUUCAGUAGAAGAAAGAUGCCCUCUGACACAGAAGCCCAUCUUGGAAUCCUCGGUCCAGUCAUCAAGGCAGAGGUGGGUGACACCCUGCUAGUGACCUUUGCCAACAAAGCUGACAAGGUCUACAGCAUUUUACCCCAUGGUGUGUUCUAUGACAAGGCAUCUGAUGCAGCUCCGAAUGUAGAUGGAUUUCUGAAACCAGGGGCUCAUGUCAAGCCAGGUGAAACCUUCACCUACAGGUGGAUGGUGCCCGAAAGCGUCAGUCCAACAGAUGAAGAUCCCCCCUGCCUGACCUAUCUUUACUUCUCAGCAGUCCAGCCAAUCAAGGACACCAGUGCUGGCCUUGUGGGGCCGUUGUUGGUCUGUAAAAAGGGCAGCCUCAAUGCUGAUGGGACACAGAAAGGAAUAGACAAGGAAUUUUACCUACUGUUCACAGUCUUCGAUGAGAAUUUCAGCGGGUAUCUUGAUGAAAACAUCCAAAAGUUUGCUUGGCAUCCCUUCAGUGUUGACAAAGAAGACAAGGAGUUUGUGAAAUCUAACCGGAUGCAUGCUAUUAAUGGAUACAUGUAUGGCAGCCAGCCAGGUCUAAGCAUGUGCAAGAAGGACAGAGUUUCCUGGCACUUGAUUGGAAUGGGCACGGACACAGACAUGCAUGGAGUUUAUUUUCAAGGCAACACCAUCCACCUGCGAGGCACUCAUCGGGACUCCCUGGCUCUGUUUCCGCAUAUGGCCACAACGGCAUUCAUGCAGCCAGACCAUGCAGGUAUUUUCAAGGUGUUCUGUUCCACCUUGCACCACUUCGUGAGAGGCAUGGGUCAGAUCUAUGAGGUCAGCAGCUGUGGCAACAGGGACCCUUCUGAGCCGCCUUACGGGAUGCUAAGAACCUUUUUCAUCGCCGCUGAAGAGGUAGAAUGGGAUUAUGCCCCUAACAAAAACUGGGAGUUCGAAAAGCAGCACUUGGACGCAGGAGGGGAAAGACAUGGAGAUAUAUUCAUGAACCACACUGAAAACUGGAUUGGCUCUCAGUACAGGAAGGUGGUUUACAGGGAAUACACAAACGGAGAAUUUGUGGAGAUUAAAGCCCGGCCCCCUCAAGAGGAGCACCUGCAACUCCUGGGCCCAAUGAUCCAUGCGGAGGUGGGGGACUCCAUUCUCAUCAUCUUUAAGAACAAAGCCAGCCGGCCCUACUCCAUCGCAGCUCAGGGUGUGGAGGACUCCGACAGUGGGAAGCGCCUUGAAGUGCCUGUCACAAAGCCGGGAGAAAUAAAAACUUACAGAUGGAAUGUCCCCAAGAGAUCAGGUCCUGGGCCCUCUGAUCCCAACUGUAUCCCGUGGGUGUACUAUUCCACGGCAAACUUUGUGAAGGAUACAUACAGCGGUUUGAUGGGGCCUCUGAUCACUUGCCGAGAAGGGAUAUUGAAUGAAAAGGGAAGGCGAAGUGAUGUUGACUAUGAAUUUGCUCUGUUGUUCCUGGUGUUUGAUGAGAAUGAAUCAUGGUAUCUGGAUGACAAUAUUAAGAAGUAUCUCAAUAAAGAUCCCCGGGGUUUCAAGCACAGUGAUGAUUUCGAAGAGAGCAACAAAAUGCAUGCUAUUAAUGGAAAGAUUUUUGGAAACCUCCGGGGCCUCAUAAUGACUGAAGACACCAUGACCAACUGGUACUUGCUCGGAAUCGGAAGUGAGGUGGACAUACACACCAUCCACUACCAUGCAGAGAGCUUCCUCUUCAAAAUAGAUAAGUCCUACCGAGAAGAUGUGUAUGAUCUCUUUCCCGGGACAUUUCAAACCAUUGAGCUGUUUGCCGAUCACCCAGGGACGUGGCUUCUGCAUUGCCAUGUGUCUGACCACAUUCAUGCUGGCAUGGAGACCACCUACACUGUCCUCAGGAACAUAGACAACAGGAUCCCAUAUUCUACCAAGUCCCCUUCCGGAGCAGGAUCCCACACAGCCACAGUGCCUUCCAAGGAACAACCUGGCAACGAAGACCUCUAUUUCUUUGGCAAGAAUCUGCAGCCAAGAGGGGCCAAGGCAGCCCUGGUCAUCCUUUUUAUCCUGGGACUCCUCCUCCUGGUUGCCACCGUGAUUCUCUCCCUCAGACUCUGCUCUGUGAGGAGACAGAUGGCUUACAGGGAAGUCCAGUCCUGCGGGCUCCCCACAGAUGCUCUGUGA